AUGUUUGAGAAGGAGGGCAAGCCGCGGGAAGAGUUGAACAUGAUUGAGCGGACGACAGCGUACGGCGUGACGUCCAAGCCCAGUGAUGUACCGGGCGAGUUUAUGGUCGCAAUCGCUUCGUUGCGUGAUCGUGACUGUACCUUGCGUUUGGACGAGCACGGCAAUGUGAUGGCUCUGACUACAAUUGAUGGCAAGAAGGGCAUGUUGCUGCGUCGAGUGUUUGUCCAGAUGACGACGAGUUGGGGCAUCCCGACGGUGGACUAUGUGGAUAUUUUCGGUGUCGAUCCGAAGACGUUGGCACCUGUAUACGAGAAGAAGAAGAACAAGUAG